UGCACGUGCACGCGCGAGGAGACGAGGAUACCCUGCUGCAAGCUGCCGCUGCGAGAAACCGAGAGGCGGACCGUGCCGCGCGCUUUCAUCAAUAUAAUCACCAUCCUGAGUACUAGCUCUUAACAUUUUGUUUUUCGGUUGUUCAGGCGAGAAGUGACACGAAUAUAGACCCCUCCUCUGCAGGGCGGAGCGUGCAUUUCCAUCUCCUAUUUUGUAUUCUUUUCUAUUUUUUUUCCUCCUACCCCUGUUCCCCGCUCUGACACGUCUGCACUGAGUGAGUGGCAUUGGCACACUGUCAAUCGCUCACUACCGCUGCCAUCAAACAACAUAAAACACACACAGGCAAGAGGCUGGAGCUCAUAAAUUUCAGCAGGGCAAGAUAUUUUUUUGCGCAUCGCCUUUUACGCACAGCGCUGUGUCCUAAUUAAUUUCCUUCGUCUCGCUGUUGCUGUUUUCUGUUUUCUUUUUUCUAAAAAACAGAAAUCUCCCAACUUUUUUUAUUGCACAUUUCAUAUUUUUAUAGCCGCCUUGUAUGCAGCGAGAAUGUGUAUUUUUCUAAAUGCUGCCGGAGUGAUUUCUGCACGUUUAUAGUUGGCAACACCUGCAAAGCCUCAGAUUUUUUUUCUUAUUUGUUUCUCCAACAUUGGAUAUUUUUUUUUGUUGCCGGUGCUACACGAGGAGGAUUUGGACAUUUUUUUUCUUUUUCCUGGAAGAGGAAAUGCGACCGGGAUCCCUUGAAGGAGAGAAGCGCAAAUAAAUGAGAGAUCAGCCGAAAGGAGCGUUCCUGUGUGCAGCUCCCGUCAAACCCCAGAGAAACACACAGACCGGCGUGAGGAUUUCUGCGGGAAGCGAUGGACCGUCAGUUCUGACAAAGAAGUUUUAACCAGAAGAAGAAGAAGAAGACGCAAAUACGAGAUUGAUGCGUUUCUCUAGCAACACAACCGCGCGUUUUGGCACUUAUUUGGACCGCGCGUAAAGAGACAAAAAAAAGAGGACAGCGAGAACUUGGACACAAGAUUUACGCGAAAAACAUCCCUGCUGUAGUCUUCAUUUAGAACAAGAAAGCGUGUGCGCUCCUGUUCCGCUGAAGAAGCCCCGCAAGCCGCGCACAUCCCUCCAGUCUGCGGCACAUGUUGUAGCCCAUUUCGUAUAUGAGUUUUUCAAUUUGCGUGGCUCAGUGCACAGACUCUUUAGCGGCUAGUAUGGACGAUCAAGCCCGGAUCAUGCAGUCGAUCGGCGGCGUGAGUCUGGCCGGCCACUCGGUACAGGGAGGCAUGGUGCUGCCUCCCCACGGACACGACGGGUCGGACGGGGACGGAAGAAAACAAGACAUUGGUGACAUUCUCCAUCAAAUCAUGACCAUAACUGAUCAGAGUCUGGACGAGGCGCAAGCAAAGAAACAUGGACUGAACUGUCACAGAAUGAAACCAGCACUCUUCAGCGUUCUCUGUGAAAUCAAAGAAAAGACAGGUCUCAGCAUCCGCGGUGCCCAGGAGGAGGACCCCCCCGACCCCCAGCUCAUGCGUUUAGACAACAUGCUGCUGGCGGAGGGCGUGGCGGGGCCGGAGAAAGGUGGCGGAUCCGCCGCCGCCGCCGCAGCAGCCGCGGCCUCGGGCGGGGCGGCCGACAACUCCAUCGAACAUUCCGACUACAGAGCCAAACUCACCCAGAUCAGACAGAUCUAUCACACGGAGCUGGAGAAAUACGAACAGGCGUGUAAUGAAUUCACCACACAUGUGAUGAACCUGCUGAGGGAACAGUCGCGCACGCGGCCCAUCUCUCCCAAAGAGAUCGAGCGCAUGGUGGGAAUCAUCCACCGCAAGUUCAGCUCCAUCCAGAUGCAGCUGAAACAGAGCACCUGUGAGGCUGUCAUGAUCCUGCGCUCCAGAUUCCUUGAUGCCAGGCGGAAAAGGAGAAACUUCAGCAAGCAGGCGACGGAAAUUCUGAACGAGUAUUUCUACUCGCACCUCAGCAACCCAUAUCCCAGCGAGGAGGCUAAGGAGGAGCUGGCCAAGAAGUGCAGCAUCACAGUUUCCCAGGGGGUGGGAAGCACCAUCACAGUAUCACAGGUGUCCAACUGGUUUGGCAACAAAAGGAUCCGGUACAAGAAAAAUAUCGGCAAGUUUCAGGAAGAGGCCAACCUGUAUGCCGCCAAGACUGCUGUAAAUGCGGCACACGCCGCAGCCACUGCAGUGCAGAACAGCCAGGCCAACUCCCCUACCACACCUAACUCCGGAUUCCAGAUGAAAGAUGAAGAGUUUCAGCUGGAUUCUGCAGAGAGCAAAAACACUCUUUUAAGCAACAUGUUUACUGGUUCUUCAGGUUCUUUUAACCUCCCAAACUAUGGGGACAUGUUCUUGAGCAUGCAGAGUCUGAAUGGGGAUUCUUACCAAGGGGCACAAGUCGGAGCCAAUGUACAGUCACAGGUGGAUACCCUGCGCCAUGUUAUCAGUCAGACGGCAGGAUACAAUGAUGCUCUUCGGGGAAACACCAUGUACUUAAAUGCUAAUGGGGGAUGGCAAGAUGCAGCGACGCCGUCUUCUGUAAUCUCCCCGACAGAAGGACCUGGAAGUGUGCACUCCGAUACCUCGAAUUGAUCCGCCAUUAAUGCAUCUCCUCCUCAACCUGGGCAUGGACUCUUUUACUGGCUGAUCCAACAGCAGUGGAUAUUUAAAAAAAAAAUCACGACAGAUUUGUUUUCCUUUACCUUAAAAGUGUUCCAGCACCACGCCUGACGAACAGCGUCCUCCAUCACAGACACCAAGUGAUUCCUGAUUGUUGAUCCGUGUUUUUCUUUCUGCCUCCAUACGUCAACCAUGCCCUUAUUUGAUUGUCACAGGAGUAAGCACACACAAAUGUAUAAAUAAAGAACAGCCCUCAGAUGUUACUCAGCAAACUUUCUCUGCUCUGAACUCAAAUUACUGGAGGACACUUGUGUAUUUAAGAUGACAUUUUAAAACGGCCAUUUGUUUGAUUCUUGAUUCAAUCACACCUCUCCAUUUUGAUGAUUGCUUUCUCUUCGCGUUCUUACAGUACGUCGAUUUAAGCAGCUGUUUCUUUGACUGUAAUGUGCUCCACAUCUUGUCCAGCAACUCAACAAUGCUAAUGCUGACAGCUCAAUGGCAGCUUUGUAGUUGCGUUCAAGAUUUAUUUUUGCCUUACAGCCCUAUACAUUAGUACCAGAGAAUGACUAUUCAAACUCUGGAACAUAAAGAAGUGUAAUUGAUUGCUUGACUAUAACAUGACACCAUUCCCAUAUUUUAUAAUUUGAUGUUUAGUAUGUACAUAUGUAAACAUUUUUUUUGUACUGCUUAUGGAAAUCAACAAAUCCCCCCCAACGGUAGAUCAUUCCUUCAUGGCACAGGAGCAGGCCCCCAUUACGCAGGAAAAGUUGUACAUAACAUAGCUAAAGAGUAAUUAUACAUCCCAUCUGUCAAUCCGCAGCUUUAUUACCUCAUUCAAAUUCACACACACCAAUAAUUUCCAACUUUUCUGUAGCUUAGAGUGCUCACUUACUACCUCUAAACAAAAAUCACCACACCAUCCUUUCUUUUGUCCUUAUUUAAUGUUUUUAUGUAGUUAUUUUUGAUGACAUCUUGUAACACUGUAAACUCUAUCAUUCUCUAUGUAAUCUAAUGUAUAUUUUAAUCUUUUAAUAAAAUACUGUUGCGGUACUGCAGCUUAAAAAGACAAAAAUAUAAAAAAUGAAAAUGAUAACAAUAUUAAUACCGUGAAGAAGAGAUGU